UUCCUGGCGCCACGGCUGCGGCGGCGGCUGGUCCUCGGCCCGUCGGGCCGAAGCCGGCCAGCGCCGCUCCGGGGCGCGGGCCGAAGCAGAAAUGUUGUCGUCGCCCGGCCGGGGCCUGUUCCGGCUGUGCCUCGUCCUGGCCUCCGCCUGUGCCGCCCUCCAGUCUGCGGAGCAGGGGAACUCGGUCACAGAUCCUCUGAAUGUCCUUUUCAUUGUUGUGGAUGACCUGCGCCCCACCCUGGGAUGUUAUGGAGACAAGCUGGUGAGGUCCCCAAACAUCGACCAACUGGCAUCUCACAGCCUCCUCUUCCAGAAUGCCUUUGCCCAGCAAGCAGUGUGCGCCCCGAGUCGCGUGUCCUUCCUCACCGGGAGGAGGCCUGACACCACCCGCCUCUAUGACUUCAACUCCUACUGGCGAGUGCAUGCUGGGAACUUCUCCACCAUCCCCCAGUACUUCAAAGAGAAGGGCUAUGUGACCAUGUCGGUUGGAAAAGUCUUUCACCCUGGGAUAUCUUCCAACCACAGUGAUGACGCUCCAUAUAGCUGGUCCAUCCCACCUUACCAUCCAUCCUCGGAGAAGUAUGAGAACAUUAAGACCUGUAGGGGGCCGGAUGGAGAGCUGCAUGCCAACCUGCUCUGCCCUGUGGAUGUGAGAGAUGUACCCGAGGGCACCUUGCCUGACAAGCAGAGCACGGAGCAAGCCAUCCAAUUACUGGAAAAGAUGAAAACGGCGGCCAGGCCUUUCUUCCUGGCUGUUGGGUACCAUAAGCCUCACAUCCCUUUCAGAUACCCCAAGGAGUUCCAGAAGUUGUACCCCCUGGAGAACAUCACCCUUGCUCCCAACCCCUGGGUGCCCGCUGGCCUCCCGCCUGUGGCUUACAACCCUUGGAUGGACCUCAGGCAGCGGGAGGACGUGGCAGCCUUGAACAUCAGCGUGCCCUAUGGCCCCAUCCCGGUGGAUUUUCAGCGGAAAAUCCGCCAGAGCUACUUUGCCUCGGUCUCCUACGUGGAUACGCAGGUAGGCCGCCUGCUAAGUGCUUUGGAUGACCUUCAGCUGGCCGGCCGCACGAUUGUUGCCUUCACCUCCGAUCACGGAUGGUCUCUUGGUGAGCAUGGAGAAUGGGCCAAAUACAGCAACUUCGAUGUCACUACUCGUGUGCCCUUGAUGUUCUACGUUCCUGGAACAACGGCUUUGCUUCCGCAGGGAGGCGAGAAGUUUUUUCCUUACAUCGACCCCUUUGAUUCCACCUCAGAAUUGAUGCAGACAGGCAGGCAAGCCAAGGGCCUCGUGGAACUUGUGUCUCUCUUCCCCACGCUCGCUGGACUGGCAGGGCUGCCUGUCCCACCCCGCUGCCCUGUCCCCUCCUUUCACGUCGAGCUGUGCAGAGAAGGCCAGAACCUUCAGAAGCACUUUCAGUUCGACGACUCAAAGGAGGCCUCAUCCUUCCGCGGGAAUCCCCGCGAGUCCAUCGCCUACAGCCAGUACCCUCGGCCUGCAGACUCCCCUCAGUGGAAUUCUGACAAGCCGAGUUUGAAAGAUAUAAAGAUCAUGGGCUACUCCAUCCGUACCAUAGAUUAUAGGUAUACUGUGUGGGUCAGCUUCAAUCCUGAGGAAUUCUUGGCCAACUUCUCCGACGUCCAUGCUGGGGAGUUGUAUUUUGUGGAUUCUGACCCCUUGCAGGAUCACAACGUAUAUAAUGAUUCACUAGGUGGAGGCCGGCCAUCGGCAUGGAUGCUUCCUUGAAUAUUGCCAACACAAAGGACAGGUGUCUUGUGCUGCUGAGAGAGGCUGUAGAGCUGGCUAUUUCAGGACAACCCAUCACAUUGUCACAUUGGAGGUUACCCAAGCGGUAUGCAGUCAAAACCAGCAUCAACAAUUUGGCUUUAGGAUUUGUUACAACCAAACCUCUUGAGUCAAUUUUCCAUUAUUAAGAAAAUGAACUGAAGUGCUCAAUGAACAAAAUUAAAACAUCACCAGACCGUUCGAUGUCAUUGAAACACUAGGUAAAUUACAGUAGAGAGAGAGAGAGAGAGAGAGAGAGAGAGAAGGACUAUUUCGAGUGCAGACUUCCAUAAUGAACGCUGAUAAGAAACCCAGUUUCCAUACUGCUGAGCAGAGGCAGCACUCGGUAGCGAAUGCCGUCCGGUGUGAAGCGAGCCAUUUUAAGGAAUUCUUCCUUGUCAAAUGCUUCAGUGUUUAUAAGUGAAGUUUGUGGAACAAGAAGGUAAGGUAGCAUCUUAGCUAAGACGAUGUCAGAUCAGUCCACGUUCAAAGAUGGUGUUUUUGGCUUGCUCACUAGGUGAGGCAUCACUGGGUGAGGUAGAUCAAGGCUCCUCUGAGAGUGACUUGUCUACAUUAUCUGUAUCGCACCCAUCACUUCCACUUUGCUUUCUACAGCCCAGUCUGUAAAUUCCUUGGGACAUCCUGACAGCAAGUCUCUAGCACCAUCUCUUUCUCCACCGUUGUUUGAUGACAAAAACUACACUUAUUAUGUCUUAAAAAUAUUUCCCCCCUUGCUUGCUUUCUGGAAAAGGAGCCCUGAUGGCAUAGUGGUUACAGGUUGGGCUGCUAACUGCAAGGUUGGCAGUUCAGAACCACCAGUU